GCCACUCCAGCCCCCCGCUAGCGACCGCCCGACGGAAAAAAAAAUUCACCCACCAUUUCUUUACCGCAUAAAGAUCUAGCUCGCCGCCUUCGAUUCCACGAUUCCAUCACAGCUUCGCCGGGAGCAGAGUUGGUUGGUGCCCGAUUCGAGCUUUCUCGCCGCCGCCGCCGGCCGAGCUUUCGGCUUUCUUGGGGGUCUGGUUCGGUUCGUGCUCUUCUUGCUUCGGCAGGUGGGGUGGGGCGGGGGUCAUGGACGCGGCGGUGCCGGAUGGCAUUGUGAAGGAGGAGGAGGGGCUGCUGCUGCUGCACGAGGAGCGCCCGCCGGCGGCGGGGCCGCCGCAGCGGCAGCGGCAGGAGGAGGACGGGGCGCUGCCGCGGCCGAUGGAGGGGCUGCACGAGGCCGGGCCGCCGCCGUUCCUCACCAAGACGUACGACCUGGUGGAGGACCCGGCCACGGACCAGGUCGUGUCCUGGAGCCGCGCCGGCAACAGCUUCGUCGUCUGGGACCCGCACGUCUUCGCCGACGCGCUGCUCCCGCGCCUCUUCAAGCACUCCAACUUCUCCAGCUUCGUCCGGCAGCUCAACACCUAUGGAUUCAGAAAGGUUGAUCCUGACAGAUGGGAGUUUGCAAAUGAAGGUUUCCUUAGGGGUCAAAGGCAUCUUCUGAAGAUGAUCAAGAGAAGGAAGCCGCCAUCCAAUGCGCCUCCAUCACAGCAGCAGGCCCUCACAUCUUGCCUGGAGGUUGGUGAGUUUGGAUUUGAGGAAGAGAUUGACAGGCUCAAGCGCGACAAGAACCUCUUGAUCACAGAGGUAGUGAAGCUAAGGCAGGAGCAGCAAGCUACUAAGGAUAACGUGCAAGCCAUGGAAAACAGGCUACAAGCUGCUGAACAGAAACAGGCCCAGAUGAUGGGGUUCUUGGCAAGAGCAAUGCGUAACCCACUGUUCUUCCAACAAUUAGUUCAGCGGCAAGAUAAGAGGAAGGAGCUUGAGGAUGCCAUCUCCAAGAAAAGAAGGCGGCCUAUAGACAAUGUUCCAUUUUAUGGCUCCGGUGUGACAACAAGCCAGAGUGAGCAACUUGAUUCACAGUUCUUGUUUGAUUCGGGUGUCCUCAGUGAUCCUGGAACGCACAGGCUGGAGAAUUUGGCGCAGAACAUUCAGGACCUCGGGCAGGGCAAAACAGAUGAGGGGAAGAAGGAUGAAGCUAAUGGGCAGGUGGAGCUCAACAACGAAUUCUGGGCAGAGCUAUUUUCUGAUGAUUUUGGAGACGGAGACGGGUCUGGGCUGUCAGAGUUGGAGGGAAGGAGACCUGAAGAUAUAGAUGAACUUGCUCAGCAGUUGGGGUACCUGAGUUCUACUAGCCCGCUCUAGAGUUUUGUUCACAAUGGUUCUCACUUCAACCAACAAACAUUGCUUCUUCAAUACUACCUACUAUUGCAGAUCAUCUUGAACAAUCUGAUUUAGUUGAUUGGUGGAAACAUGACUGGCUAUCUGAGGUGUUCCAUACCGGAGAUUGGACAGUGUUGAUGACGCCUCUGGGUAUAGAGAGUAGAUGCUGAAGACUAAUUGUUGCGUCGCUUGAUGGAGACCUAUGAAGUGUAGCGUAGUGGAAGAUGGUCCAGGUCGUCUGUCAUUUCGGUCGUCCUGAGCUGGUGUUCAGCAGCAGUAGUUGUGGAAGUGCUUUACUGUAUAUACUUGCUGGGUGAAGUUUUGUUGUGAAAGUCUGGUCUUUAGUCAGCUACUGGCAUCUGGGUGUGGGUUUGGUCAUUUCUCCUUGUGCUGUCCAUUUGCCAAUUUACCUUACUUUUAGGGCCCAGGUCCCGUGUGAUGAAAGGUAGUGUAUGCUGGAACAUCUGUUGUUCAGAUGUAUUCUUAUUGAGACUAUAAAUAUUAAUUAAACCUUGCAAGGUACUCCAUCAA